ACCUCUGGGUUGGAAAGUGAGGGCCCUGGACCACCCAUCCUCUGGUGGAAAAAGCACUCCAAGCUUUAACCUUCACUGCUACCUUAUUCUUGGCAGAUUUUCCACCUCCUUGGAGAUCACAGGCUUCGGAAGUCUCCAGCAGCCUUGAGUCUGUGACAUUCUGGAAGCAUGGAUCGUUGGGACUUGCUAGGGUUCCUCAUUAUCACAUUAAACUGCAAUGUGACCAUUGUGGGGAAGAUCUGGCUCAUCUUCAUGAUCCUGCUGAGGAUGGUGGUCGUCAUUGUGGCCGGGUCUCCUGUCUACCAGGACGAGCAGGAGCGGUUUGUGUGCAACACACUGCAGCCAGGGUGCGCCAAUGUCUGUUAUGACCUCUUCUCCCCCGUGUCCCACCUGCGCUUCUGGAUGGUCCAAAGCGUUUCUACUCUUCUCCCUUCCGCAGUUUUCAGUGUUUAUGUGCUGCACAAAGUAUCUGAGCUCGCCGUCUGGGGCCCCUGCGGGCCAGCUGGCAGGCCCGAGGGCCAGGACCAUGCUGACCUGAACCGUGAGGAUCCGCACUGCUCACUAACCUGCAGGGAGGGGCGCAGCCUGGUGGUGCCAGAUUUUUCCUUGGGCUAUAUUGUGCAGCUCUGCCUGCGGACUCUGGCGGAAGUAGCUUUCGGGGCCUUGCAUUACCUCCUCUUUGGAUUCUCGGUCCCCAAAAGGUUCUCCUGUGCCCACGCUCCCUGCUCUGGCGCGGUGGACUGCUACGUCUCUCGGCCCACGGAGAAGUCCACUUUGAUGCUCUACCUCUGGGCACUCAGCGCUCUCUCGGUGCUGCUCAGCGUGGCCGACUUGCUCUGUAGUCUGCGCAGGAGAAGAUGCAGGUGGCCGGGCUCCGCCGGGGGCCACCGGGGGUCGGGGGAGGAAAGGGAGACUCUCGCGCACUCUGGCCCGUGGACCGGAGGGCGCGGUGACCACAGCCCCAGUGGUCAGUCCGCUGUGUCGGGGCGAACGGAGCUCCCAGAUGAGGAUGAGACUGAGGGACUGUCCUUAGCCAGCAACAAGCUGCCCAAGGCUUUCAUAGAGUCUGGGGGCAGGGCCCGCACGGAGGCCCCUCAGGACCCCAGAAGGGAGCAUACUUUAAUUCCCGGCAGGCUGCUGGCCAGGCCCUGCCUGUCCAGUCCGCGGCAACCCCCUGUCCUCCGGGCAGGCGCUGGGAGCGCCCCUCUCCCGGGGACCAGAAGGUCCGAGUGGGUGUGAAGAGGAUGGCUGGGCAGCGCAGUGCCUGAGAGGAGACGCGAACCGAAAGGUGCAGCAUCACCUUGGCACGUGGGAAACUUUAACGUUCCAGGAGAAUAUCAGCAAGCAGGAAGGCCAGCUGGCCUGUGACAAGUGUAUUCGGACUGAAAUCUUCAGAGAUUAAUUGGACAGGUUACCUACUGAUCACACCAUACUCUUGACUGGUCUAUUGUCUUAUUCUUUACCAUGAUAUAUGCUUUAUGUAAAGCAUGUUCCUUGCAUUAAUAGAGCUCAUUACUGUUUUAACGUUUUCUGGUGAAUUAUUAUGAGGGUUCUUUUUGUUUGCUUUUUCUGCUUGGAUAAACAGGUAUAUCAUGCAUGCCAUCAAUAGAAUCAAUAGAGAGACAUUAACUUCUCCAAAGCCGUUUAAUAAAAUUAAUGCUGAUUGUGAUAUCCCACUUCAUACUUCAUUGUGUUAUAGGAGAAAUGACAAAUGCAGAAAAUAUGACUGGUAAAUGCUUAUGGUCUUUCAGGUGUCUUUGAUGGCUAUUGCAUGUGGGUGGAGGGUACACAGGCCACAGGUGGACCCUGACUUGCCUGUUGUCUGAGUAUAUCUCUGAGUAGUUGACUUCACUGAGUAAAGGGAGGUAAGUGGCCCUAGAGCUGUCCCAUGCUUUCCAGUCUGGGUUUUGGCUGUGCCCUUGAGAGAGUUGUACAGUUCAGAUUGCCCUGAGAGACUUCACAUUCC